UGUGUUCCUGUGUGUUUUCAGGCUGCUAUGGACUUCUGUAUGAACAUGAACACAAAGUCUAAUCGCAGGAAGCUGGUUCGAGCUCUUUUCACGGUGCCCAGACAGAGACUGGAUCUGUUGCCGUUCUACGCUCGUCUGGUGGCCACUCUGCAUCCAUGUAUGUCUGACGUAGCUGAAGACCUUUGCUCGAUGCUCAAAGGAGAUUUCAGAUUUCAUAUCAGAAAGAAGGACCAAAUCAACAUUGAGACCAAGAAUAAGACGGUGAGGUUCAUCGGGGAGUUGGCCAAGUUCAAGAUGUUUUCCAAAACGGACACACUGCACUGCCUCAAGGUGAGCUGAUGACGCCUACAGUGUAGACUA